GAAACCCCAUAUCAGCAUUUUGAUUUUUUUUCACCAUUUGUAACUUCUGAUUCUUUCCAUUUGCUUGGAUGGCCAUGCAUUUAGCAGAAUGAUAUCAUCUGAUACCAGAAAUUAACCAUGUUGUUUCUAUGGUUUCUGAUCUUAGCAUUCUUCAAUCCAAUCCAAGCUCAGCAAUACUAUGACUCGUCAAAUUGUUCUGCAGACGCCAACUAUCCAGGUUCAAGAUAUGUUUGCAAUUCUUACCAGAAAUCAUGCUCUACAUUUCUUGUCUACAGAGCCAAUCAACAUUUCAAGACGAUCUCAAAUGUCUCUCACUUGUUACAAGCAGACAACGUUGAUGAGCUGCUUGAUUUGAACAGUCUUUCAUCUCCAUCAGACAUUCUUAAACCAGGUAGAGAAGUUCUUUUCCCUGUUACCUGUUCUUGUGCAGGUGAUUUCUUUCAGGUUGAUUUCAACUACGUGGUACCAAAAAGCACAAGUCUCUCAGAAGUUGCUUGUGAAGUUUUUGAAGGUUUAGUAAAAUCACAUACCCUUGUCGAUGAAAACACAUCUCAAGGAAACGAUGUUAAGGUUGGUUCUAAACUUCAUGUGCCUUUACGAUGUGCCUGUCCGAAUAAUUUCAGCAGUAGUAGUGGAGUUAUGUAUCUUGUCACGUACCCUUUGGUAGAAGGAGAUUCACUUAAUAUACUUAGCCAAAAAUUUGGCAUCUCUCCAGCAGAUUUAUCAAAAGCUAAUCAUUUUGAGCCGUGGCCUACGGUUUAUCCACAAACCACCAUCUUACUUCCCUUGAAAAAACGUCCGGUCAUCAACUUCAAUAUCCCUAAUUCUCCACCUCCCACUCCUGGUUUUCUUCCCACAAUCACAGUACAAAAGACGACCAAUACAAAGUUGAUGAAUCUUUACAUUUCAGUUUCAGUAAUUGGGUCGUUUCUGCUGCUUGCUGCAUUGGUUGCAUGUGGGUGGUACGCAAAGGCCUUAUGCAAGAGAAAAAUUGACAAGUUACAAUCUUUCAAUACUAGAAGCUCUCCUCUUUCUUGUUCAACUGUUAGAAGUUCUCCUAGAUCAGGUCAAACUGGUAGAAGCUCUGCAAAUUCUUGUUUAUCCCCUGAUCUUCUUAUUGGAAUUAAGUAUUCAUUGAAGAACUAUAGAAUAGAAGACCUCAGAAGGGCGACAAAAAAUUUCAGUGAGGAAAAGAAGAUUGGAGAUGGAGCUUACAAAGGGUUGAUUGAAAAUUCUGAAAUGAUGAUCAAGCAAAUGAGAUUCGAAGAUACACGCCAAGUUAUUGAUAUACAUUCUAAAGUCAAUCACAUCAAUAUUGUAAAUUUGCUUGGUGUGUGUUAUGGAGACAGUGACUCGUCGUGGUCUUACGUUCUCUUUGAGCUCCCCAGCAAAGGCUCGUUGAGAGAUUGCUUAUCUAAUUCAUCUAGUUCUCUUCAAUGGCAUAGGCGUACACAAAUAGCUUUUGAUAUUGCCACAGGUCUUCACUAUCUACAUUACUGCAUUUUUCCUUCAUAUGCUCACAUGGGUAUCAGCAGCAGAAAUAUUUUUGUCACAGCAAACUGGAGGGCAAAGCUUACAAAUAUCAGAACCAACUCUGGUGCUGAACCUUUAAAAGGAUGGGCUGCACCAGAGUACAUUGUCUAUAGCUCAGCUUCUGAUAAGGUAGACAUAUUUGCAUUUGGAGUUGUUUUGCUAGAGAUCAUCUCAGGAAGAGAAGACAUAGAUGGAAAAUCAUUCAAAGAUUGCAUUGGAUUUUUAGGAGGGGGUGCCGGUGAAGGUGGUUGCUUCGAACAAUUGAGGAGCUUCAUGGAUCCAUGUCUUAAAGAGGAUUAUCCUCUUGCUGAGGCCUUGUGUUUAGCUGUUUUGGCAAAGGCAUGUGUGGAAGAUGACCCACUGCAUAGACCAUCUAUGGAUGAUAUACUUAAAGUCCUUGUCAGAUUGGUAUGACUUUGACUGUAAUUAAGAAGCAGCACUCGGAGAUCAUACCAUAAAAAAGUAUCACUUUACAGCCAGUUCUCUGAGUAUCACUGUGUAAUUGUAUCAUAUUCCGCAAUAAAUUUACAUGUAUGAUAUAUCAUUAAUUCAUGGAUCAUUUAAGAUUGAUAGCUGAAGAGCACUAUUUAAA